AACGUACGCUGAUCAAAAUACCACAGUCGCUGACGCCGAGCGAGCGCGCCGCCGGGCGCGGCUAGGCUGGCUUUAAAUUGUCAUUGCACUCGCUACAUUUAUGCCGUGCCGGGCCGGGUGAACAACAAAGCUUGAAAAUGACUCCAUAUUUCCAUAACAAAAGGAGAUUCUGUCAUUGAAGUGCAACAGUUGAUCCGUGAGAAUCACACUAGAGCAUACAUCACUAUGUGUUUACGAAAUAGAUUAUAUUAGAUAAUAAUUUACCUUAGAUCUAUUUAGCAUGCAAUUUGUGUUAGUGUUGCACAAGAAUCAUGAUCCGACAUAUCACACGAAAAUUAUUUUCACCUAAGUACUUGGUUUGGACGAAUAUAGCAUCAGGAGGAAUUAUUUUAACAUGUGGAGAUGCCGUCGAACAAUACCGGGAAAUUCUAAAGAAGCGAAAACAACAGCAAAUUCAACGAUGGAAUAUGAAACGAACAGGUUGCAUGUUUGCCAUUGGAAUCGCUCUUGGUCCAUUCAACCACUACUGGUACGUUUACCUCGAUCGCUUCCUUCCAGGCAUCGCAGCAUCCACAGUAGCAACAAAGAUUGUCCUCGAUGAAAUAAUCGCAUCUCCUGUACUAACCAUCUCAUUCUUAGUUGGUCUUGGUUUAUGUGAAGGGAAACCUCUCUCAGACUGUGGCACAAUGGUUAAGGAAAAGUUUCCCACAAUUUGGAUGUUUGAUCUGUGCUUUUGGCCUACCAUUCAGUGGAUCAACUUCUACUACCUGCCUCCACGUGCCCGUGUCAUCUAUGUCAACUCUGUCACCUUUCUUUGGGAUAUGUUUCUUUCCUUUAUGGUCUACGAUUAUAAGAGUGAAUCCGGAAGUGAAGGAAGUAUAUCAGAAAGUCAGCAAAAAUGUGCCUAAUUUAUCCAUCAUGCAAAAGGAUCUUUCAGACAUUAAGCGGAAAAUCGCGGCGGUAAUGUUUUUAUCGUGUAAAUGAUUGGCAACAGGGUGCAUCAUUAAAUACGCGUGUUAACUUUUUAGCUCUGUGUUGUUAUAACCUACAUAAAUGCAAAGGGUAUUACUAGUAUGCUAACAUCAUUAUUAGCUAGGUUGCGCAAAUAUUAAGCGCUCUGUUCAAUAAGUAACAUGAUCUGAUGUAAUGGCGCCUGUAUGAAUUAAAUUAAGGCCUUGUAUUGUUUUGUUCAACAUCUCCAAACAACUAUUUGUGUUUUAAUGAAAUGGCUUGUAAUUUAGUUGAUACUCAAAUUCUAGACAAUUUUAGUCUGUGGAUAGUUUGAUUUCGUUUGACAUGCUUGGAAGUGGAUUGAGAGGUGAAUAUAUUUUGUUUUUCCUCCUUUGUGACACUUCUGUCAUAUCUUAGUUGGUUUUAAAGAAAUGUUUUUUGUUUUCUACAGAAGAAUGAACAAGAUCUUACUUUUAUUUCCUUAAGUUCAUGACUCUUGCCAGUACUUUCUGUGGUCAUAAAUAAUAAAUUUGUUUUGAUGGAUUUA